AUGGUAGGCUCAGAGGAUGACCGACCCUUCGCCUCCCAAGGCAGAUCCCUCAGCAUCGAGGAGCCCCAGUCCCCCAGUGCACGUGCAGAAGUGAGCUCCUUCGUGGAAUUCCCUGUGGAGCUUGACGAGCAGACUGCCAAAGCCGCCUUGCAGUCCAACACUGAAGCGAUCUUCAACUUGCUCAACAAUGCUUUGGGCGUGUCGCUGCUCGCAGUCGGCUGGGUUUGCUCGGAGGUGGGCCUGGUGCUGGGCCUCGCCUUAUAUGCUGGAUCGAACUUCCUAAACAGAUACACCCUCCACUUGAUCUAUCGUUCCUGUCAGCUAGCGAAGGUCAAGGUGUCUUACCCCGACGUUGGGCAAUGGUGCUUCGGGCCGGCCGGCUUCAGCGUCAUUGCCACGUUCAUGACCAUCCAGAUGUGCUGCUCCUGCACUGCCUAUGCUGUGACGGUCGCGGACGUCCUGGCAGACACUUUCGAGUGGCAGCAGGAGAGGAAGAAAGCUGCUGCGGUGGGGUUUCUUCUGCUGGUCCCGUUUACCUUCAUCAGGUCGCUGAAGAGGAUAGCAGUCCUAUCCUCGGUUGCAACAUUUGCUUGCGUGAUCCAGAUGCUGGCCAUAGCAAUUCCAUGCUAUGCCGACGUUCUGAAGGGUGACACCUUCGUGGAGCACAUGGGUCGAGAGCCCGGAAAGCUGCUGUAUUACACCUUGGACCCGUCGAAGCUUAUCAAGGUGCUGCCGGUCAUUCUUCUGGCAUACUCUACCCAAGCAUCGUCUCCCAUCAUCUUGGCAUCUAUGCAGGAUAACUCGUGGGAGAACGUUCGGCGAGUCACCGGAUUGGUCUACUUUCUCCUUUAUGUUAUCUCAGCGAUCUUCGGGCACUCGGUAUAUCUGCGGUAUUCCGACCUUUGCACCAACAGCGCGCUGACAACGAUAGGUCAGCGUCCUGUCGAUCAGGUGGCCCGAUGGUGCGGCUUCGUUCUGGUCUUCAUUUCCUACAUCUUCAUGAUGUUCCCAGUUCGGAAUGUGCUGAUGUCAGCUUGCCUGCGGAAGGAUGAGCUGCGUCACGAGGCACCGUACCCUGUUUUUGCCGCUUUGUCAGUGGGCCUCAGCCUGUUCUUGUCCAUGCUCUCAGUGGUCGCCCAAGCGCUUGGAGGCCUCGAGUACUGUUUGCGUUUCGGCGGAGGCUGCUGUGCAACCUUGAUGGCCAUGGUCUUUCCCCCUCUGCUCUUCGUGCGAACCCGGGCGGAGCGCGGCUGGGACGCACGUGUCGUCUGCGGGAGCCGGGGAGGCUUGGCCAUGAUCUUGGCCAUCGGCACCUCCGUUUGGAUCCUGAGCAACCGCACCUGUCAGAACUGCCUGCUUACGCGGCAGCUGAACAAACUCUACGAGGAAAAAGCCGAGAUGAAGCUCCGUCAGGAGAAAUUGCGGCUGGACCUGGAGAGAUCCAAGGAAAAGAACGCUGCCCUCACCGACAUCAACAGCGAUCUGGCCCGAGAGAUCUGCACCGCCCAAAACCGAGCUCGAGCAGCCGAAUGCCGACAUGAAGCUGAGAGGCAAGGCAAUCUGCGCCUGGCCAAAAGCAUGCAGGCGGAAAAGCGACAUGAAGAAGCCCUCCGCACCGAGCGCUGGAAGGGGCAUGGGUACCUGAAUGGACGAGCUGCGCCAGGGCAGAAGGAGGAAGCGCUUUUUCAGUCCAUCGGCGACCACCUGAUUUCCCAGGUGCACACUGCCAACUGCGGUGAGCUGGCCAACACGGCUUGGGCCUAUGGCCUCCUCCAGAUUCAGCACGAGAGGCUGUUUCAGGAGCUGGCAAGACGUGCGACCGUCCGUUUGCAGGAUUUCAAGCAACAGGAGGUGGCUGGCAUCAUGUGGGGGUUUGCAGCCAACAACUUUUUCCAAGCGGCGUUCUUCAACAAUGCGUCGUUGGCGGCGCAGCGAUUAGUGCUCACGCCGCAGCAGCUGACGAACAUUCUGUGGGCUUUGACUCGCAGGAAAUGCAGGCAGAGCUCAUUGCAAUCAGCGGUUAUGGCGCUGCUGCCGGCGGCAACCCGUCAACUUGACAGGUUCAGCAUGCCAGAGAUUGCGAUAUGCUCUUUGGCUGCUGCAAAGGUGGCGAAAAAUAUGGAAGGCAGCGGCAAAGGAGGUGGCCCCAAGAUAUCCAAUGCUGUCGACUUCUGCACUGCCGCCAUGCAGCAGGCCUUGAGCCGUCUCUCCGAGCUCUCCAACCAGCUGCUGGUGAACUUGGCUGCGGCCUUCCUGCUCGUCGGUGCUCCCGGUGCGGUCGUCGUGCUGGCUGCCGUAGGCCGCGAGGCUCUAGAUCGGAUGCAGAUGUUGGAGAACACUGUGCUGCUCCACCUCAUCAGGGUUUUCUCCAUAGACCUGGCCAAGCUGCAGCCUCCAGCCUUGCUGGAAGGCGCCUGCCAGGGGAUGUUCCGCGCCCUCUUCGCCGAGGCGGCUCGGCGUAUGGACUCGCUGAAGCCGAGGGAGAUGCAAAGCCUAUCUCUCCUUUGUGCACAACCGCUGGGUCUGACUGACGCUGGCGACAUGAGCGCGGGAGAUUUGAGAAGUUGCUGCUUCGCGCUCGCCACUACAGGUAAUGGAGCGCACCAGCCCCUCUCCCUCCUGGACGAGCUCGUAGAGGACGACCACGAGGUGUUCUGGGAUCCGGAUCCCGUGGAGGUUCCGAAGCAGACCCCGUCGGCCGCCAGCAAUGCUCCUCCGGCCGCGGCACCCUUUCCAACCGGCGUGGCAGUUGGUGUCUUUGCGCCUCCCGCAGGGCCCAUGGGCGCUUGGCCUGCGGGCCACGAGCCCCCAAGGCCGGAAAUGGGGACUGCCUUCCCUGGGUGGUUUGCCCCUGGCCAACAGCCAGGCAUGGUGCGGCCGUUUCCGUGCGGCUACCCAAGCCAGGACGCGCCGUGUGGAAGCCCCGCCCCUCAGGCGCAGGGUACGCCAAUGGCUCCAGGCCAGGCAGGCCAGCAAGCUAGCAGGCCCAGCGCUGAUCUCCAAGCAGCCGAGACGGCCGCGCGGGGUGAGAACAAGGUGAUGUACUCGGUUAAGAACACGUUCCUUCACAUCGACGAGCCCGAAGAGCAGGAGGAAGAUCCGCAGCUGGCGGCUUCGGGGCCCUGGGCCUCGGAGGAGGGUUUGGGCGAGCCGCUGCCGUUCCUGCCCAAGGACAUCGAAUUGACCGAACUGCAAGCGUUCCGUGCCGACUACAUGAAGUUUCGCGCCGGUCAGGCCACUGGCGCUCGCGGAGAGAUCCAAGAUGUACCUGAGGUCCCUCUUGCUUCCGAGUCCACUAUUGGAGCCCUGGACCUCCAGCAGUCAGGGCAGUAUCCGGUCCCCUUUGCCGGCCAGCCGAUGCCAGAAGGGUGA